AUGAAGUUCUCCACUCUCGCCGCUACCGCCUUCUUGGCCGGAUCUGCCGUUGCUGCCCCAGGUACCGCUUUGAGACAAGCACGUGCCGUUAAGCGCGCUGCUGGCACCCACGGUAACCCAGUCAAGUACGUUCAAGGACCAUCUUCCGAAGUCACCAACAAGACCGAUGUUUCCUACUCCUCCAACUGGGCUGGAGCUGUCCUCGUCGGCACUGGUUAUACCUCCGUAACUGGUACUUUCGUUGCCCCAUCCCCAUCCACUGCUGGUUCCGGAUCCGCAUGGGUUGGUAUUGACGGUGACACCUGUGGUACUGCCAUUCUCCAAACUGGUAUUGACUGGACCAAGUCUGGUUCUUCCAUCACUUAUGAUGCUUGGUAUGAGUGGUACCCAGAUUACGCAUACGACUUCAGCGGUAUCUCCAUCUCCGCUGGUGACACCAUCAAGGUCACUGUUACCGCCACCUCUAAGACUGCUGGUACCGCCAUUGUCGACAACGUCACCAAGGGCAAAUCUGUUUCCCACACCUUCACCGGUGGUGUUGACGGAGAUCUCUGCGAGUACAAUGCCGAGUGGAUCGUUGAGGACUUCGAGCAGGGCAGCUCCCUUGUCCCAUUUGCCGAUUUCGGUACCGUUACCUUCACUGGUGCUUCUGCCGUCAAGUCCGGAAGAACCGUCGGUGUUACCGGUGCUACCAUUAUCGAUCUUCAGCAAAACACGGUCCUCACCGACUGUUCUCUUGUUGGAAGCACUGGUGUUACUUGCAAAUACGUUUAA